GGAGUUGAGCUUAAGCUGGCUAACAGCUAGCCUGCUAUGUUGAGUCUGAGCUGGAGACGCAGAGGAGAGUGAUGAAAACAUGCCUCACUUCACAGUGGUACCGGUGAAGGACCGAGCUCAGUCCAGCUACGACAGUCUAGAGGGGAUUAACUGGGUGGAUUACAGAGACACUGGACAGGACCCCCAUGAUCAUCAAGAUACUGUCAGCUCUGAUGGACAUGGGAAUCAUAAAGAAGACAGUCCAUUUCUCAAGAGUGCUGAUGCUGCUAGCAAGAAGAAUGAUUUCUAUGACAGGAACCUGGCGCUGUUUGAGGAAGAGCUGGACAUCCGGCCGAAGGUUUCCUCUCUGCUCAGCCGCUUGGUCAACUACACCAACAUCACCCAGGGAGCCAAGGAGCAUGAGGAGGAGGAGAGUACUGAGGCCUCACGUAGCAAGACCCCCAAGUCUCCCAACAUGGGCACUCUGAUGGGAGUCUACUUACCCUGUCUCCAGAACAUCUUUGGUGUCAUUCUUUUUCUCAGACUGACAUGGAUCGUUGGGAUGGCUGGCAUCAUGCAGUCCCUCCUGAUUGUCCUCAUGUGCUGCUCAUGUACAAUGCUCACAGCCAUAUCGAUGAGUGCCAUUGCUACUAAUGGUGUCGUUCCAGCUGGAGGAGCAUACUUCAUGAUCUCACGCUCCCUUGGCCCAGAAUUCGGAGGAGCUGUGGGACUGUGCUUCUACUUGGGCACCACCUUUGCUUCUGCCAUGUACAUACUUGGUGCCAUUGAAAUCUUCUUGAAAUAUCUGGUCCCCCAGGCAGCCAUCUUUCACAACACAGACCCCCUUGGGAGUGACAGUGCCAUGCUGAACAAUAUGCGAGUCUACGGUUCUAUCUGUCUCACUCUAAUGGCAGUGGUGGUUUUUGUGGGAGUCAAAUAUGUCAACAAGCUGGCCUCUCUUUUCCUGACAUGUGUCAUUAUCUCAAUUGUCUCUAUCUAUGCUGGGGCAAUCAAAUCCAUGACUCAUCCACCGGAAUUCCCGAUCUGCAUGUUGGGCAACAGGACUUUGGUGAGAGAUCGUUUUGAUGUGUGCGCUAAGACUGUGAUAGAGGGCAACAUCACCGUGCCCAGUCAGCUGUGGGACAGGUUCUGCCUGCCAGGGAACAUGAGCAGCGCUCAGUGUGAUGACUACUUCAUGCAGAACAAUGUGACAGAGAUACAGGGCAUCCCUGGACUGGGCAGUGGGAUUAUUAGAGAAAACAUGUGGAGCAACUACCUGCAGAAAGGAGAGAUCUUAGAGAAAGACGGGCUGCAGUCAGUGGAUGCCCAUGGCACCAUGGACAACUUCGGCAUGUAUGUGUCAGCAGACAUUGCUACGUCGUUCACGCUCCUGGUGGGGAUCUUCUUCCCAUCUGCCACAGGUAUCAUGGCAGGCUCCAACAGAUCUGGUGAUCUCCGGGAUGCUCAAAAGUCCAUCCCUGUGGGAACUAUUUUAGCUAUUACCACUACUUCACUUGUUUAUUUAAGUUCUGUAGUCCUGUUUGGGUCUUGUAUUGAAGGAGUGGUCCUAAGGGACAAGUUUGGGGACGCUGUCAGAAAAAACUUGGUGGUGGGGACGCUCUCUUGGCCGUCUCCAUGGGUUAUUGUCAUUGGCUCCUUCUUCUCUACGGUUGGGGCAGGCCUGCAGUCCCUCACUGGGGCCCCGCGACUUCUACAGGCUAUUGCCAAGGACAACAUCAUUCCGUUCCUCAGGGUGUUUGGUCAUGGGAAGAGCAAUGGAGAGCCUACAUGGGCAUUGGUGCUGACUGGCCUCAUAGCAGAGCUGGGUAUCCUCAUUGCCUCGCUCGAUAUGGUGGCUCCUAUCCUUUCCAUGUUCUUCUUGAUGUGCUAUCUCUUCGUGAACUUAGCCUGUGCAGUUCAGACUCUUUUACGCACACCAAACUGGAGGCCAAGGUUUAAAUAUUACCACUGGGCUCUGUCCUUCCUUGGUAUGAGUAUGUGUCUGGCUCUAAUGUUCAUUUCCUCCUGGUACUAUGCUAUUGUGGCCAUGGGCAUCGCUGGGAUGAUCUACAAAUACAUUGAGUACCAGGGAGCAGAGAAGGAGUGGGGAGACGGUAUAAGAGGACUAUCGCUUAGUGCUGCACGCUAUGCCCUGCUAAGACUUGAGGUCGGACCCCCGCACACCAAGAACUGGAGACCUCAGUUGUUGGUGCUGCUGAAACUGGAUGAGGACCUCCAUGUGAAAUACCCCCGACUGCUCACCUUUGCCUCCCAGCUGAAGGCAGGAAAGGGUCUGACCAUUGUGGGCUCUGUCAUCCAGGGCAACUUUCUGGACAGCUAUGGGGAAAUGCAGGCAGCUGAACAGGCCAUUAAGAAUAUGAUGGAGAUUGAGCGGGUUAAGGGUUUCUGCCAGGUCGUGGUGGCAACUAAGGUGCGUGAGGGUAUUGUCCAUCUGAUCCAGUCCUGUGGUCUGGGAGGCAUGAAGCACAAUACCGUGGUGAUGGGAUGGCCAUAUGGCUGGAGACAGAGUGAGGACCCUCGUGCCUGGAAGACUUUCAUCAACACAGUCCGCUGCACCACAGCUGCCCACCUGGCCCUGAUGGUGCCCAAAAAUGUGUCCUUCUACCCAAGCAACCACGAACGCUUCACAGACGGCAACAUAGAUGUGUGGUGGAUCGUCCAUGAUGGGGGGAUGCUAAUGCUGCUGCCUUUCCUGCUCAAACAGCAUAAAGUGUGGAGGAAAUGCAAGAUGCGCAUCUUCACUGUAGCCCAGAUGGAUGACAACAGUAUCCAGAUGAAGAAAGAUCUAGCCACAUUCCUUUACCAGCUGAGGAUAGAGGCUGAAGUUGAAGUGGUGGAGAUGCAUGACAGUGACAUAUCCGCAUACACCUAUGAGCGGACGCUAAUGAUGGAGCAGAGGUCCCAGAUGUUGAGGCAAAUGAGGUUGUCCAGUGCAGAAAGACAAAGAGAGGCCCAGCUGGUAAAAGACAGACACUCUUUGGUGCGUAUGGGAAGUCUAUACUCGGAUGAGGAGGAGGAGGUGGUGGAGGCUCCUCCAGAGAAGGUUCAGAUGACAUGGACAAGGGAGAAGUGUGAAGCUGAGAGGAGAAACAGGAACAAUGCCCCUGAGAACUUCAGAGAACUCAUGAGCCUCAAACCGGAUCAGUCCAAUGUGCGACGAAUGCAUACAGCUGUGAAGUUGAAUGAGGUAAUAGUCAACAGGUCCCACGAUGCUCGAUUAGUGCUGCUCAACAUGCCAGGACCACCACGAGACACAGACGGCGAUGAGAACUAUAUGGAGUUUCUGGAAGUGUUGACUGAGGGCUUGGAGAGAGUGCUGCUGGUGAGAGGCGGAGGUCGGGAGGUCAUUACUAUCUACUCUUGACCAAUCAGGAGCUGCUACACAGGGGCCUCAGACUCAUCAGAAUACAUUCCACCUAUGGACACAAAGCAGCACCCACUCUGCUGCCCGACAGAUGUUGGUAGAUGCAUCAAUUUGACACUUUUUCUGAAGUAUGGACUUUUGAGUACAAAAGAGGUUUAUUCUAUUCUUGUAGAAUAUUGAGUCACAUUUGUGUACAUAUCUGUCCAACAUGUUCACGGCUUUGCCAUUCUUUACAAAUGAAAGCUGUUUAUUUUACUCCCUCAGUCAAAUAAUUUUUUGGUCAGACUGUCAAACACCAAGUCUAGGUUAGCAUUUUCUUAUUUAUAGGUAACAAAUACCUCUUCAUAUGUGAAAAUAAACCUAUAUUUGACGAUUUAGCAGACAGCACAAUCCUGUUGUUAACACUUUUAAUAAUGUGUUGGAUUUUUAUUCUACAACAGCCUUUUGCUUAUUUUGGAAACGUUUCUCUAUUUAUUUAUUUAUUUUUUCAACACUUCCCCACUGCGGUAAAAGAAAAUAUUACUGUAGAUAAUUCACAUAAAUCUUAACGUUUGCAACGCUGCAUUGUAGGAAUAGGUGGCACAAAAUCCACUUCAUAAAUGUGGAUGCCAGAGAUUAUAAAGUGAGUUUUUCAAAACAGAUAUAAUUUAUGAUUUUUGAGAUAUUUGUGUUCUUAUGAGAAAAAAUGUACAUGAAUGACCUUUGACUUGUUAUAUUUGUACUUUUUCUACAGACCUGAAAAGCUUAUCUGCACAUUAAAAAGAUGGCUUAAUUUAAAGUUAUAAUCCUUAAGAUUUUGAUUAAAUCAAACCCAUUUUAUACUAUAUAUGGUCUGCAUUCUUUCUAUAAUAGCCGCUAAAAGUAUUUAAAUUCUGUAUAUCUGUGGUUAGGGUUAGCGUUAGUUAGUUUUCAUUAUUUGUGGCACAAAUUUCUACUCCACUAUUUUUCUGACGAAGCACCUACUUAAGAAGUGUUGCCUGCAGUAUUAAACCACACUUGCUAUUACCACCGUAAACAUGGGUGUUGUCUAAUCAACCAGGCCUGAAAUCUAAAGGAUUACAACUUUAAGAAAUUCUCUUCUCAGCUACAUCAGACUACCAGAUGACAUUUAAAUAAUUUUUUUUUUCAGGUCUUUUUCUAGGAAGUUGAGUAUGAUCAGUAUUUUAGGCCAGCGUACAGUGUAGAGAACAACUGUUUGUUUUUAUGAGGACUAAAUGAUCUGUACAAGCCUAGAUGUUUUAAAUGUAAGGCAUAACCCAUGACAAGGUGUGCAGUUAUUAAAAACUACCCAACGCUAAGAAUGCUCCUGGUCUUCCCUCAACUUCACAUUUUCAUAAAAACAUUUUUUUCCUUUUUUUUUUUUACAGAAUAGCAUAGGUUGAAGUGGAUUAUCCCACAUUGUCACCUGCCAGCAAUCCAACUUAUGUUUUUGUUAAUUCAACUUUUGGCAAAAGACACUAUUUAAAUGGAAACUUAAUGUUGGCAGUAUUUUAGUGAGGCUGUGAGUAUUCAUUUUUGAAGCGUCACAGCUGUCUGGUUAUCUGAAAAUCAUGUGAAUGGCGUAGAUGUUAAUAAAACAUAAAAAUGAGUUUGCCAAAGCAAAUUCCUAUCUUUGUUGCCUUUACAGUGUUGAUCAUGAUUCUUAAGAAGACAGGCUUUCACACAGUUGCUUUGAGUAACUGCUGUUCUAAGUUAAAGACCUGGUUUCAAUUAUUUCUGUGUGCAAUGAAAAAAGCACGGUUUUCUGCUUGGCCAAUUACAUUAAAAUGCACACUAUGCUUUGUAAACUUCCAUAAUAUCUUAUUAUGCUGUAAGAUCAAAUAAAAGCAACAUCUGUUUA